AUGGCAACAGCAGAAUUCAUCGAGCAGCCGGCUUUGGAAGUUGACGAUGCCGAUUUUUCUUCGUCGGAAUAUUCCUCCACCCUGGAGAGUUCAACGCACAGCAUAACCUCCUCGAUCGUCUACUACGUCUAUGAGAACGGCCGGCGAUACCACCGUUUCCAAGAGGGCAAGUACAUGUUGCCGAACGAUGAGCGGGAGCAAGAUCGCCUCGAUUUGUACCAUCACCUACAGCUUCUGUCACUCAAAGGAUCACUCUACGUUGCGCCGAUCGGCGAGAAGCCACAGCACAUACUCGACUGCGGUACCGGAACCGGUAUCUGGGCGUUGGAUAUGGGCGAGUUAUUCCCGUCGGCGGAGGUCGUCGGCGUGGACCUGAGUCCGAUCCAACCCGACUGGGUUGUACCCAACGUGCGCUUCGAAGUCGACGACCUCGAACUAGACUGGACCUUCCGCAAGGACUACUUCGACUUGAUCCACUCUCGAAACAUCGCCCAGAGCGUUCGUGACUGGCCUAAAUACCUGGAGCAGAUAUUCCUGUUCGUCCUCGCCGAGACAGCGGUGCACUCGGAUGACGGCACGUUGGCCUGCACUUCGAUCGAAACCUACUUUGCAUGCUUCAUCAAGUCGCUCUCGGGGGCGAAUCUGAUCCACCAGUUCAAGCAGCCCUGGGGCGGCUGGCCCAAGAACCCGGAUAUGAAGCGGGCGGGGUACAUCGCCGCGCUGACCAGUGCCACCGGGCUGCAGUCGUACGCCAUGGCACCGCUGACGCGGUACCUAGGCAUGAGCUCUGACGAGGUCGUCAAGCUGUGCAACAGUGCGCAGACCGAGAUCGAGACUAAGAAGGUGCACUCAUAUCAGAUCAUGUGGCAUGUUGUCGGCCGGAAACCGGAGACGAAAACGGAGAAGGAAUAG